AUGGCACAUCUGUGUAACCCAGUUCUACUGCGGGAACUGAUGGACAAGAUUCCCGCUCAGCAACGCCUUAACUGGGCGCUGUACAAACAACAGUUUGCUACGGCCGAUCUACGUACCUUCGCUGGAUUCAUGUCCAUGCUAGUGGCAGCAGCCUCAGACGUCACAGUCACUACGGAAUCCAAGCAGCCGCGAUCGGGACGAGAAGAGCGUAGUAGAGACAAAAGCUUCCUCAAUACUCACGCUGCAAGUGAGCCAACCACAAAACAUGGUAAUCCAGAAGAUGCGCCGAAGAGGUCAGAAGUCAAGGAGGUUCUGUGCCUGGCGUGCAACGGACGUAACCACAAGGUGAAGGACUGUGCAACGUUCAAAAAGUGGGAUGCAGAUAGCCGUUGGAAGGUUAUCCAAGAUCAUCACCUUUGUCGCACAUGUUUGGGGAAACAUGGACGCCGUCCGUGCAAGGUUCAAGCUGUUUGCGGCAAAGAAGGCUGUCAGCAGCGACACCAUCAGUUGCUACACUCUGACGCACAGAAGCAUCCUGCCAAGGAAGGCCAGAAGACAACGAAACACAACGAGAACUCUGGAGAAGGGCUGAACGCACACCAUGCUGCCAAGAAGUCUACACUGUUUCGUAUCCUUCCCGUCAAGCUAUAUUGGAAGGGAAAAUCCGUGGAAACUUUUGUGUUUUUGGACGACGGAUCAGACAUGACUCUAGUCGAGCAAUCGAUUGCGGAACGAUUAGGUAUCGACGAUGGUGAACCACUUCCCCUUUGCCUAACGUGGACCAGCAACGUGACCCGACAGGAACCGAAGUCCCACCGGAUUCGUCUGGAGAUAUCUGGCGAGGGCAAAAAUGAUCAGUUUACCCUAAACGACGCAAGGACAAUUUCUAGUCUCAAUCUUCCGAAACAGACGCUGAAAUAUGGUGACUUGGUACGGCAAUACAGUUACCUCCGUGGUCUUCCAAUAACCAGUUAUGAGGCAGCCACGCCAGGAAUCCUAGCCAGCUAG